AUGAACAUUUCAAGCAGGAUUGCUGAUUAUUUGAGUAAAAUAAACUAUGCAAACUGGAACAUUAUUGAUUGUUUUAAAUUUUUGGAUAAAAAUAAUUGCCCUGGGAUAGUAUCUGAAAAUAAAGAAGAAAUCUUAAUAGAAUUCAAGAAGCAAUUACAUUCAGCAUCUGUUAAUCAGUCAUUAAACAAAAAAGCCCGUGAUAAAGCGACAAAACUUUACAAAAAUGCGGAGAGGAACUUUGAAUUCAAAGAAAUUGUAGCAUUUUUUGUUCGGAUGGACGAAAAGGCCAAUAUAAAUAUAUUUAAUACCAAAACAAAUUUAUAUGGAUCAGAAGUCGCAGUGCAAAUGAUUAAUGACAAGUUAAAUGAUUUUCAAUAUAAAACAUCUUCGUUGAAAAGAAAUAAUGAGGAAGCAAAUACUGCAUGUUUAUUUAAUGAUGAUAGAAUAAAAAAACAGUGUAAUCAAAAAGAUUCCACAUUUGAACUUUUAACAAAGGAAAGCCUAAAUACAGAUGAGGAUUUGAUUAUCGGAAACUUUAAAGUUAGAGAAUCGCUAUUGAAUUGGAAAUUGAAAAAUAAUCUAUUUCGUGACGAUCUCCAAAAUUAUGACAUAUUAGAUCUCACUCCAGACACAAAUAGUGAUUUUGUUAAAAGCUAUUUGUUACCAGAAGUAUAUAAUAAGCUUAUAACUCAUGAACCAACAAUACAGGAAAGAGAUUAUAAUGAAAUUAAAGCUUUUAUUAAUAAUAUGAUAAAGGUUACUGAUUUUAAAAAAUCGGUUGUUGAGCAUUAUUUACUUACUUGUAAUGAUGAUGAAAAAGAAUUUUUGCGGAAUUAC